UUUACCAUCCUCUUCUUUAUCAAGACAGAACAAAGCCUCCAUGAACCUAUGUACUAUUUCCUUUCCAUGCUCUCCAUCUCUGACCUAGGGCUGUCCCUCUCUUCCUUACCCACCAUGUUGGGACUAUUCCUAUUUGGUAUCCAGGAAAUUCAUGCAGCUGCAUGCUUUGCCCAGGAGUUUUUUAUCCAUCUGUUCACAGUCAUGGAAGCCUCGGUGCUGUCUGUAAUGGCAUUUGACCGAUACGUGGCAAUCCAACCUUUGAGAUACAGCACAAUCUUAACCAGCUCAAGAGUCAUCAAAACAGGGGUCUUUCUGACUUCCAAGAAUGUUCUUUUGAUCCUUCCACUGCCGUUUCUCUUGCAACGGCUGACAUACUGUCAUCAAAACCUGCUCUCCCACUCCUAUUGUCUCCACCAGGAUGUCAUGAAGCUGGCAUGCUCUAACAACAGAGUCAAUGUUGUUUAUGGACUCUUUGCAGCACUUUCUGCUAUGUUGGACUUGGUGUUUAUUACUUUCUCCUACAUUAUGAUUUUGAAGACUGUACUAGGAAUCGCAACCCCAAGAGAACAGUUCAAGGCCCUCAACACCUGCAUCUCUCGCAUCUGUGCCGUGCUCAUCUUCUAUGUGCCCAUGCUGAGUGCGGCAAUGCUCCACCGUUUUGCCAGGGAUGUGUCUCCUAUGAUCCAUGUGCUCAUGGCUGAUAUAUUCCUUUUGGUGCCACCACUCAUGAACCCCAUUGUGUACUGUGUGAAGACCCAUCAAAUCCGGGAAAAGGUCGUGGGGAAAUUUUGUCCAAAAAUAAGCUGAUCAAAGGAAUGAGAAAGGGACUAAACAUCAUAUUAUGGAG